AUGAGUGAUUUAGACAACCUACCACCAGUUGAUCCAAAGACCGGUGAAAUUAUCAUCAAUCCAUUAAAAGAGGAUGGUACUCCUAAGACUCCUAAGGAGAUCGAAAAGGAAAGAAAGAAGGCCGAAAAAUUAUUGAAAUUUGCUGCUAAGCAGGCCAAGAAAGCUGCUGCUGCUGCCAAUAAUAACAAUGGUCAAAAGAAGGCUAAGAAAGCUAAGAAGGAAGCUGAAGUAAUCCCCGAAUUUGUUGAUAAGACUGUUCCAGGUGAAAAAAAGAUUUUAGUCUCCUUAGAUGACCCUGCAUUAAAAGCUUAUAAUCCUACCAAUGUCGAAAGUUCUUGGUACGACUGGUGGGUCAAAUCUGGAGCAUUUGAUCCAGAAUUCACGGAAGAUGGCAAGAUUAAACCAGCAGGUUUAUUCUGUAUUCCCGCUCCUCCACCAAACGUCACUGGUGCUUUGCAUAUUGGUCAUGCCUUGACUAUCUCCAUUCAAGAUUCCUUGAUUAGAUACAAUAGAAUGAAGGGUAAGACUGUUCUUUUCUUACCUGGUUUCGACCACGCUGGUAUUGCUACUCAAUCUGUUGUCGAAAAACAAAUAUGGGCUAAGGAAAAGAAGACAAGACACGAUUUUUCUAGAGAAGAAUUCGUAAGUAAGGUUUGGGAAUGGAAAGAAGAAUAUCAUAGCAAGAUUAAGAACCAAGUUAAGAAAUUAGGUGCCUCUUAUGAUUGGUCUCGUGAGGCAUUUACUUUGGAUCCAAAGUUAUCAAACGCUGUUGAAGAAGCUUUUGUCAGAUUACAUGAUGAAGGUACUAUUUACCGUGCUAACAGAUUGGUUAAUUGGUCCGUUAAGUUAAACACCGCCAUCUCUAACUUAGAAGUUGAAAACAAGGACGUUAAAGGUAGAACUUUGUUAGGUGUGCCAAACUAUGAUGAAAAGGUUGAAUUUGGUGUUUUGACUUCUUUUGCUUAUCAAGUUGUUGGCUCAGACGAAAAAUUAGUGGUUGCUACUACUAGACCUGAAACUAUUUUUGGUGACACUGCUGUGGCUGUUCAUCCAGACGAUUCACGUUAUAUCCAUCUACAUGAUAAAUUUGUCCAACAUCCUUUCUUACCAAGAAAGAUUCCAAUUGUUUUGGAUAAAGAAGCUGUUGAUAUGGAAUUCGGUACCGGUGCUGUUAAGAUUACUCCAGCACAUGAUCAAAACGAUUACAAUACCGGUAAACGUCACAAUUUGGAAUUUAUUAACAUCUUUACUGAUGAUGGUUUGUUAAAUGAAAACUGUGGUCCGGAAUGGGAAGGUAUGAAGAGAUUUGAUGCCAGAAAAAAAGUUAUUGAACAAUUAAAAGAAAAGAACCUUUACAUUGGUCAAGAAGAUAAUGAAAUGACCAUUCCAACCUGUUCCAGAUCUGGUGAUAUUAUUGAACCUUUAUUGAAGCCACAAUGGUGGGUUUCUCAAGAAGAUAUGGCUAAGGAGGCCAUCAAGGCAGUGCAAGAUGGUCAAAUCACUAUCACACCAAAAUCAUCCGAAGCUGAAUACUUCCAUUGGCUAAAUAACAUUCAAGAUUGGUGUAUAUCUAGACAAUUAUGGUGGGGUCACCGUUGUCCAGUCUAUUUCGUUAACAUUGAGGGUCAAAAUUGUGAUAGAGCUGGUAACACUCAUUGGGUUGCUGCUAAGAGUUUAGAAGAAGCUGAAGCAAAGGCUAAAGCUAAAUUUCCAGGUGCCAAAUUUACUUUGGAGCAAGAUGAAGAUGUUUUAGAUACGUGGUUUUCUUCAGGUUUAUGGCCAUUCUCUACUCUAGGCUGGCCAGAGAAGACUAAAGAUAUGGAAACCUUUUAUCCAUUUUCUAUGUUAGAAACUGGUUGGGAUAUUCUUUUCUUCUGGGUAAGCAGAAUGAUUUUAUUAGGUUUGAAAUUAACUGGUUCUAUCCCAUUUAGAGAAGUUUUCUGUCAUUCUUUAGUUCGUGACGCUCAGGGUCGUAAGAUGUCCAAAUCAUUGGGUAAUGUUGUUGACCCACUAGAUGUUAUCAGUGGUAUUAAGCUAGAAGAUUUGCAUGCUAAAUUGCUACUAGGUAACCUAGAUCCAAGAGAAGUCGAAAGAGCUAAAUUAGGUCAAAAGGAAUCUUAUCCAAAUGGUAUUCCUCAGUGUGGUACAGAUGCUAUGAGAUUUGCGUUAUGUGCUUACACUACUGGUGGUCGUGACAUUAACUUAGAUAUCUUGCGUGUUGAAGGUUACAGAAAGUUCUGUAACAAAAUUUACCAAGCUACUAAAUUUGCUUUAAUGAGAUUAGGUGAUGAUUACCAACCACCUGCCACUGAAUGUCUUUCUGGUAAUGAAACAUUAGUUGAAAAAUGGAUUUUGCAUAAAUUAAAUGAAACUAGUAAGAUUGUCAAUGAAGCUCUAGAUAAACGUGAUUUCUUCAAUUCCACUAAUGCAAUUUAUGAAUUCUGGUACUUAGUCUGUGAUGUCUUCAUUGAAAACUCCAAAUAUUUAAUCCAAGAAGGUUCUGAAGUCGAAAAGAAAUCUGCUAAGGAUACUUUAUACAUCUUGUUAGACAAUGCUUUGAAGUUGAUUCAUCCAUUCAUGCCAUUCAUCUCUGAAGAAAUGUGGCAACGUUUGGCAAAACGUUCUACUGAAACUGCUACAACUAUUGUCAAGGCAAGUUACCCAGUUUAUAAGAAGGAAUUUGAAAAUGUUGCUGCUGCUACGGCUUAUGAUUUAAUUUUGAAUGUUACAAAGGAGGCUCGUUCUUUAUUGGCAGAAUACAACAUUUUAAAGAACGGUAAGGUUUAUAUUGAAUCCAGUCAUGUUGAAUCCUUUGAAACGGCUAAUUCUCAAAAGGAUUCUAUUGUUUCUUUGAUUAAGGCUAUUGACUCCGUUGAAGUUGUCUCUGAUGCUUCUAAAAUUCCAGAAGGUUGUGUCUUAAAGGCUGUCAACCCAGAAGUUAAUGUUCAUCUAUUGGUCAAGGGUCAUGUCGAUAUUGAUGCUGAAAUUGCCAAGGUACAAAAGAAAUUAGAUAAGUCUAUUAAGAAUAAGCAAAACAUUGAAAAGAUUAUCAAUAGUAAGGACUAUGAUACUAAAGCAAACGCUCAGGCAAAGGAGGCCAAUAGGGUCAAAUACGACAAUACUGUUGCUGAAAUUGAAGGUUUAGAAGCAACAAUUGAAAACUUAAAACGUUUAAAGUUAUAA